AUGGUUUCUGUGCAGAACAUGGGGUGCAUUGCUGAUUAUCCAGGCUGUGAUGUGACCAGAAGGACCUUCAGCCAAAGCCACUUCUUUGAGCCCCUGAAGGAAUCUGUGUCUGCACUGAAGAUGCAGCUGAAGGAGAAAUUAGAGUCAGUCUUCAAGCAGGAAAUGGUCAAGAUAUCUGAAGCAGAUACUGAUCCUGAACUCCCCAUCAGAAGAGCAGAGUGUACGGAGACCCUUCCAGCACCCAUGUCUGAUGGCCAGGCUCUUAUUGCUGAACCAGUGACCAGAGAGGACUUCUUACAGUUGUCUGAUGGCCAGGCUCUUACUGCUGAAUCAGUGACCAGAGAUGACUUCUUACAGUAUUCCUGGCACUUCACUCUGGAUCCAAACACAGCACACAGAGUCCUCCAUCUGUCUGAGGGGAACAAGAGGGUGGAGUACAGACGUAAGGUCCAGUCAUAUCCAGAUCAUCCAGACAGAUUUGACAGGCAUCCUCAGGUGCUGUGUAGAGAGGGUGUGUCUGCACACUGCUACUGGGAGGUUGAGUGGAGUGGAGGGGUUGGUAUAGCAGUGUCCUAUAAAAACAUCAGGAGGAAAGGAGAUGGUGAUGAGUGUAUGUUUGGAGGUAAUGAUCAGUCCUGGAGGCUGUACCUCUCCAGCUCCAGUGCCUCUUUCCAUCACAACAAUAAACAAAUGGAACUCCCUCUAGUGGCCAGCUCCAGAAUAGGAGUGUAUGUGGAUCACAGGGCAGGAGCUCUGGCCUUCUACAGCAUCACGGGAGACAUAAUGACCCUCCUGCACAGAGUCCACUCUACAUUCACACACACCCUCUACCCUGGGUUUAGAUUGUUUAGUAAACCAUCAUCAGUGACACUGUUCUGAGGCUCCUACAGGCAAAUGCUGCUCCUGUAGGUCAUUCAACACCCAUUCAUUUGUGCUCUUGGGUUUAGGUUAUAUUUUUCAUUGGGUGCAUCAUAGAGGUAGCAUGGUUCACAAAGUUCACGGUCCGGCUCAUAACAUGCCAUCAAGGUCACGUUUUUCAGUUCUGUACGUUUUUUUUUUAAAUUCAUAAUGCAUGGUGCACUUGGAAUAUUACACUUUAUUUACAGUAUAUAAUUAUAAUAUAACGAUGCACAAGUUGAAUUUGACCUUUUGCAUGUGUCUGAGAACUGCCUCUUGUGCUAACCUGCACUUGCACUUAAACUGUUGUCAGUUGAUGCGCGCUGU